UUGAAACGGAGGCGGGCGGGCGCCGCGGCUGUCCGUUAGGCCGGGCCCGGCCCGGGGCGGCCGCCGCCGCUAUGCCGCUGCAGCCACGCCUACUCCGCACCUACUCUCGGCGCGGCGGGCACCUCCGCCCGCUGCCGCUGCCCGACCGCUGGAUCUCACCGCCUCAGGACCGCAAGCGGUUCUUCAGCUCCACCACCUCAACCGGCUCCAGCGUCGCCUCCCUCCCGUCGGACGACCCCGACUUCUCGCCGCCCGGCAAGCGCGGCCGCCCGCCCUUGGGUAAACUCCCCUCCCGCCGGCUGCGCACCCGCGCCGCCGCGGCGAAGGAGAACCGGCCGCCGGUGCCCGCCUCCCCCUCGCCGGUGCCCUCCCCCUCCCCGCGCCGCCCCGCCGCCCGCCGCCGCCGCCGCCGCUCGGGGCCGCAGCGCCCCCUGCUGUGCAGCACGCCGCAGUGGCCGCCCCCCGCCCGCCGCCGCGCCCCGGCCGGGUCCCUCGUCCUGCUCGACACCACGGGGGAGGGCGGCUCGGGGCUGGAGCUGCAGCUCUACACCCCGCCCCCCAGGCAGCGGACGGCUUCGUCCAGCAGCGGCCUGAGCUCCUCGGAGUCGGCUCCGGGAGAGGGGGAGCAGCUCCCGCCCGCGGCUCACGGCCGGGGGGAGGGAAGGGCUGGAGGGUUUUGGCCGGAAAACACGGGGAGGAGCGGGGAGCCGGGCUCGGGGUUGCGAAAAUCCGGCAGGGCGCUGAGGGCGUCGGCGCGGGGAUGCGGCCGGGCGCGAGCUCCCUUGUCCCCGCCUAAAGCCACGACCCCCCCUCCGGCAGCGCUGCCUCCCCUCAGGGGCGAGCCGCAGCACCGCGCCGCUUCUGACGGACGCUGGGGUGAUCCAAGGAGAAGUUCAACAAAAGGAAGCGUGUGUUGUCAGAGAGGCAAAACCGAAAAGUACCAGCUUAGACCGGUGGUGGUCUUGGACCCUCAAGAAGUGCCACUGUGGCUGGCAAGCAUGAAACUCAACAAAGAGGCAGAUACUAGGCCUGCCUGCCAGCAGCCAGGGUCUCCUUUGGGCUUUCAAGGAAUCUUGGAGAAUAAACAUGGAAGUACCUGUAGAAAAGCUUGCAUCAGCGGCUUCAGUGCCAGCCGGUGGGGGAGGCAAACAAGGCUCCGUCCAAAAAGGCACAAAACCAAGAGACAGCAGCAGCCUAACAACUCCUCUUUCAGACCACAGAUGAGGCAAAAAGGAAUGAAGAGGGGUGUUCUGGAGAUGUCUGUAGAUAUAAGAGACUAUGACUAUUCCCUCCUCAACAGCUCCCAUUCCUGGGGUAGACUUCGAGCAUCUUUGUCCUUCCAUAAGAAGAAGAAAGUUACCACCACAGAAGAGAGUUCCUGCAACAGCAUCCUUUGUACCCCUUCUGUGAAAUCCCACCUUUCAGGGCACCAAGCAUCCCUCUCUGCUGGUACGGCUCAGUGCUGUGCUUGGUCUGCUUCCUCCCUGGUCCUGCUGGCUCCUAUGAAUUCCUGUUCUGCCCUGGAGCUAAUGCUUACAGAUGCAGAGAAGGUGUUUGGGGAAUGCCAGCAGGAGGGGCCUGUUGCUUUUGAAGAAUGCAUUCCUCCAGAUAAGAUGAAAGAUUGCAAGAAAAUUGGAGAAGGGGUGUUUGGAGAAGUCUUCCAGAUAGACAGUGAGAGAGGACCUGUGGCCUUAAAAAUAAUUCCCAUUGAGGGGACUGAAAGAGUAAAUGGUGAAGCUCAAAAGAGCUUUGGAGAAAUUCUGCCUGAGAUAAUAAUUUCAAAAGAACUCAGUCUUCUGUCUGAAGAGUCUGUGAACAGGACUGUUGGGUUCAUCAGCCUGUACUCAGUGCACUGUGUUCAAGGGGCCUACCCUAAGUAUCUCCUGGAAGCCUGGGACAAGUACCAUGAAGUCACAGGAUCUGAAAAUGAUCGGCCAGAUGUUUUUGGGGACGAGCAACUCUUCAUUGUUCUGGAGUUUGAAUUUGGAGGCAGUGACUUAGAGAAUAUGAGAAGGAGGUUCUGUUCAGUGGCGUCAGCAAAAAGCAUUUUGCACCAGGUCACUGCUUCGCUGGCUGUGGCAGAACAGGAACUGCGCUUCGAGCACAGAGACUUGCACUGGGGAAACGUGCUGGUAAAGAAAACGGAUGUAAAGGAGCUUAAUUAUGUGUUAAAUGGGGCAACGCACACAAUCCCCACAGCAGGGCUUCAUGUCAACAUCAUAGAUUAUACCUUGUCUCGGCUGGAGAAGGACGGGUUAACUGUGUUUUGUGACCUUUCCACAGAUGAAGAACUGUUUCAAGGCACAGGGGACUAUCAGUUUGAUAUCUACAGGCAGAUGAAAGCAGAGAACUCCAACAGCUGGACUGAUUAUCAUCCACACAGCAAUGUCCUCUGGCUGCACUACUUGUCAAAUAAACUUUUGAAAGACAUGAGCUACAAGAAAAAGGAAUCAACUUCUUCCCUGCGGAAAAUAAAGCAGCAGCUCAUGAAAUUCCACAAAGAAGUACUGACUUUUGAGUCUGCCAGUCAAGUUUUACAAAACAGCAGCCUCUUCCAGUGAGCAAGGGAGCGCAGUGUUUCCAAGGACUAAGUCACUGAUGCUGCCUUUUUCCUUUGCUGUUUUUUGUGGAUGAUGUUAUUCAAUGUUGCCACAAUGAAGAAGUGUUACGAUCGGUUACCAGUGUGUAUAACACGCUAUCAAAAAUUUCUAAAAAAAAAAGAAAAAAUUCUUCUCCUUUAAGAUAUUUCCAUGUGUACUGUCUUUGAGGGACGAUGGGGGGAGAGAGAACAGUUGACAUUUGAGAAGGGGGGGAGAAAGAUUUCUUCAGUCUUGAUGAAUGCUUUGAAUUCCACAGAAAUUUUCUUACCUUUUUAGUCUUAGAUUAUUAAAAGUUCUUUCCUUACUA